GGCAUUUUAAGUCUAGAUGUGGUGAGUCAUUGGCUGUUGACAUCAGAGCACGCUCUGCUCAAACUCCUCCUCACUCUCACGCUCGUUUGAAAGUUUAAGAGCUGUGGGUAAAAGUUCGGCUUCACUAGAAGUAUGGAUCAUCUCUGCUAUGAUAUUUAGUUUCCCUUAAAUUCAGAAGAAGAAGAAGAAGAAAAAGAUUGCAUGGCUCCAGACUUUAAUGGCAGUUGCCAUGAUAAACCCACUCUCUCUGGUGGUGGAUCUCCUACAACAACUGCGUUUAUGUUUUCCGCCGGCGUCCUUGGGAACGUGGUCGCCCUAAUUCUCUUGGAACUACGGCGGAGGAAACAACCCGCAUCUUUGUUCCAAGUCCUCGUCACAUCGUUGGUCUUCACGGAUUUGCUGGGAACUUUCUCCGUCAGUCCACUGGUUUUAACCGCGUACUUUAGGAAUGAAUCUCUGAUCGGUAUGAAUGAACGCCGAUUAGUUUGCGGCCACUUUGGAUACGCCAUGACUUUUUUCAGUAUGGUCACUCUCGCCAUUCUUCUUUUCAUGGCAGUGGAGCGCUGGCUCUCCAUCGGACAUCCUUACUGUUACGAGAAGCGCAUGAGUAAACGCUGCGGGUACAUCACCAUCGCUCUCAUAUACCUGUUUUGCGCUCUUUUCAGUGCCACACCUUUCUUCGGCUUUGGGAAAUAUGUUCAGUACUGUCCCGGUACGUGGUGCUUCGUAGACAUGCGCCCGUCUGCGACAGAGCAUAAAGUGUUCAAUAUCAUCUACGCGUCUUGUUUGCUCAUUAUGAUUGUGUGUACGGUUUUAUGCAACGCGUCCGUCAUCUAUCAUCUGUCACUCAUGUACCGAAGACGCAAGGCGCACCGGAGCUCUGUCCGAAGGCAGCGAGGACACAAGAGGCAACGAUCCAUCGCGAAGGAGGUUGAACAUCUGGUACUGCUCGGGGUCAUGACAAUAGCAUUCGUCAUCUGCUCUCUUCCUCUUGUGUUUCAACUGUACAUCAACAUUUUCUACAAAUGUCCUCACGAAAACAAUCGCAUAGCCCUUCUUUUAGUAUCGGCCAACCCCAUCAUAGACCCCUGGGUCUUCAUCAUCCUCAGCCCUCCAGUGCCUCGUCUGCUCUGGGACAAGAUGUGCAAGACUGCAAAGUUCAAAUCCACCCAGGAGAAGGUCCGGAGCAUUCAUCCAGUCCUGUAUCAGUCAAACGCACCUGGCGAUUCGGGAGGCAGUGUGAUGAAAGUUAACACAGGAAUUCCUGGAACUCCCGGCUCCUGAUCUCUAAAACCUCCCUGUGUUGUGGAAAGGAUCAUGGAGCGAUCGCUCACUCAAAUAAUGAAAAUAACGGAUACUGAAGAUCCAGGUCACUGGAUACCUAAACAGAUGGAUCUGAGACCUGAGGAUGAAAGAGCUGUGUGGUGUAUAAUAAUGCACCUAUAAUGUCAUGGAGAACAUAAAAGAGUUUUUUAUAUAUAAAUACAUAUAUAUUUUUUAGAAAAGUAAACUUAUUUAUUUUCAUUAUUUAUGGACACUAAAACAUUAUUUUAGACUGGAUGGAAAAUAAGUGAGUGUUUAUCGGCAGGAAACCCAUUGGUUAAUAUAAAUAAAUAUUUACAGGGUGAAAUGAAGCUGUACUUCCUGUUUCUACUGCAUGUCUUUCUUAGUGUGGCUUCACACUUUAUAUGUUUGGUUUUUACACUGCGUUGCAGUUACAUGCAGGACUGAAUCAUGUCAUAGCAAGUCAGUUCAUUGUGAAAGAGCCAAACAGCUUUACUAAAUUGCGCAACAGUCCUAUGACUGAAGAUGGUUCUGUGGAGGGAAGGUGAAACAGGCUAAUCCGAGGAAAUGAAAGUUUGUCUAUUGUUUUUGAUCAGUCUGUUCAAUAUGUUCGAAUCUCCUGACAUUGCCUGAUGUUUACACAGUGAAUGAAUUGAAGUUACAAGAUGGUUUUAAAAUGAUGUAACAGUUAGGAAAUCUCAGUGUUGAUAAAAAUCACCAUAUGUUGCAUAUUACACAUGCAAUAAACACAGAAAACAUUUUGAAAAAUGUACAUUUAUGCAUUUUGCGGAUGCUACUACUUUGAAGAUGUUUUUAUUAACUUUUCUGGACAUGGACAGUAUACCAUACACACAGUUUCAAUUGAGGGACAGAAAGCUCUCAGACUAAAUCUAAAAUAUCUUAAACUGUGUUCCGAAGAUAAACGGAGGUCUCAGUGUUUUGGACGACAUGAGGGUGAGUUAUUAAUAACAUAAUUAUGAUUUUAAGGUGAGCUAACCCUUUAAGGUAGUUGUUGGUAAUAUGAUAUCAUCAUUUUAAUAAAGAUAAAGGCUGCAUCUGUAUUAUUAGUUCACAAUCUACUCACCAUCAUGUUGCAAAACUUCUAUAGAACUAUAAUGGGAAUUUUUUUUUUUUUUUUUUUUUGUCAGUGGGUUCCGAUGUUGUUUGGUUCCUCUUCAAAUGUCUGCAUUUGUGGUUACAGUAGAAAGUGAAAAUAAAAAUGAUCACAGAUUUCUCAUUUUUAGAUGCAGAAUACCGUAGUUAUAUUAUCUGAUUCGUGCUAAUAUUUAAAUCCGCAAAAGUUAUGGGCAUUUUUAGUUCCACUCUUAAAAAUGAAAGUUCCAAUAACAAAACAACCUAGACAGUUUCCAUGAAUGUUAAAAGUUCUUCAUGGAACAAUCAACGCCAAUAAAAAAAAAAACUUUAUUUUUAAGAGAGGAUAUCUCAAGAAUAAUUGAAUAAACUUUAGUACACUCUUUAUGACCUUUGUGACUCGGAGUCAGACUGGAUAGCUGUUUUUUUAUAUUAAGUCAUUACGUGUUGUCAGACAUGACCAUUCACAUUAAAACUUGACAAAAAUAUCAAUUUAAGACAUUAUGGUAGUGACUGGUUCUUUCCAUCAGUUCACUUCCUCCAAGUCUUUUUUUUUUUUUUUUGGUUUUACAUCUUUGCAUGCAGAACUUGGUAUUAAACUCAAGAACUAUGACAGAAAUAUUCCUUGGAAAAGCUCUUUCUAGUUUAUGAUAAUUAAGUCCAUUACAGUGAAAGAAACGUAAACAUCUAACAUUUUACAGCCACUUAGAUUGAAUAAUGAUCUGGGAAAAACCAGACGUUUCUUAAGCAGUUGUGCUAUUUUCCCACAAUAAACAUCAGCUUGUGUGUAGAACACAUACGUUUUUUUUUUUUGCAGGUAUUACCUGAGCUGCAUCUGGUCUUUUCCUUAACGGUCUACAUGUUUUAUGUGUAUGUUUUAAUUGCACAGUAAAUAGAAACUCUCAGACUAAUGAAAAAGUAAUGGGUGUCCUGUUGUUCACCUUUAUGAGCAGAAACUCUGACAGGGUCCAUGUGUUCAUUUAAUGUGCUCCUUUAAUUGGACAUUUGGUGGAGAGAAGAGAGGGAUCCAUAUAAGGCAAGAGUGCAAACAGGGAAACAUUUAAUCUUUCAAUUUGGUCAUAUAUAACAGUCCAUUGUGUGGUAACUGUAAUGUAGUCUGCACAAGCCUGAGAGAUGUUAUUUAUUUGAUAAAGUUGAAAUAUUCCAGAAACCAGUGCUUGCUUAUCCAAUUUUUGCCACAGUUUGUCACAGAUGGAUUGUGGGCACCUGAUCUAAGAGACUGUCUGUUGUGUGCAGUUCCUUGUGUAGAUUUAGUGCUGGUAUUGGCUGAAUUUAUACCUCCUUCGCUGCAGGCUUAAGGAUCCGCUUUGGG